GGGUGGGUCUAUGGUACAUCACCUGAGUUGUGGGGUAAAUGUAGAGAGUGUCAAUCAAAGGCAGAGCUCUCAGAGCUGGGAAGGAGGCUCUAGAUGGCGGCUGUGCCUUAGAGAGAGCGCGCUCUGCUCCCUGCCUUCGCCUCACUUUACGCAACUUUCCCUAACUUUCGGGCAGCCUCAGGGGGCCCCCGCAGCCCCCUGCCUCUCCUAGUGACUUACUGGGGUCGAUUUGAACCUUUUUAAGGGAGAAAAGCAGCUUUUGGGAGCUUUCUUUUCGUGCCUUGUUGGAAAGAAGCAGCCGUACUGAGAGCCCAGGUCGUUGUUUUUUCCAGCUUAGAAGCCAUGGCGCACCUCCAUUUUUGUGCGCUCUCCUAAUGAGGUUUUUUUUCUUCCGGACCCGUUUUAGUAUUAAUUGUUGCUCUAUUUUUUUGACCAGUUAACAUAUUUGAGGAUUAUUGUAUUUAUUUUUCGUUUUUGUAACGGAGAAUUUUGUUUUUAUUUUUAAUUAUUUGGGAUCUGAUAUUUUUCUACUACUAGAUAGGACUCUUGCUUUGGACCUACUACAUGGAUCAGUAAAUACCUGGGCACAGGACUUCAAAGCAAACACAGAUUCCCCCUCCCCCUUAAUAUUUAAGAAUUAAAAGAUGAUGAGAAAUAAGGACAAAAGCCAAGAGGAGGACAGUUCACUGCACAGCAAUGCAUCGAGCCACUCAGCAUCUGAAGAGGCUUCGGGUUCAGACUCAGGCAGCCAGUCGGAGAGUGAGCAGGGCAGCGAUCCAGGAAGUGGACAUGGCAGUGAGUCAAAUAGCAGUUCUGAAUCUUCAGAGAGCCAGUCGGAAUCUGAAAGUGAGUCGGCGGGUUCCAAAUCCCAGCCAGUCCUUCCAGAAGCCAAAGAGAAGCCAGCCUCUAAGAAGGAACGGAUAGCUGAUGUGAAGAAGAUGUGGGAAGAAUAUCCUGAUGUUUAUGGGGUUAGGCGGUCAAACCGAAGCAGACAAGAACCAUCACGAUUUAAUAUUAAGGAGGAGGCAAGUAGCGGGUCUGAGAGUGGGAGCCCAAAAAGAAGAGGCCAGAGGCAGCUGAAGAAACAAGAAAAAUGGAAACGGGAGCCCUCAGAAGAUGAACAGGAACAAGGCACCAGUGCAGAGAGCGAACCAGAGCAGAAAAAAGUGAAAGCCAGAAGACCUGUCCCCAGAAGAACAGUGCCCAAACCUCGUGUUAAAAAGCAACCUAAGACUCAGCGUGGAAAGAGAAAAAGGCAAGAUUCUUCUGAUGACGAUGAUGAAGAUGAUGAAGCUCCUAAAAGGCAGACUCGUCGCAGAGCAGCUAAAAAUGUUAGCUAUAAGGAAGAUGAUGACUUUGAGACCGACUCUGACGACCUCAUCGAAAUGACUGGAGAAGGAGCCGAUGAACAGCAGGACAACAGUGAAACUAUUGAGAAGGUCUUAGACUCAAGGCUGGGAAAGAAAGGAGCUACGGGAGCUUCUACUACUGUAUAUGCGAUUGAAGCUAAUGGAGACCCAAGUGGCGACUUUGACACUGAAAAGGAUGAGGGUGAAGUCCAGUACCUCAUCAAGUGGAAGGGUUGGUCUUACAUCCACAGCACAUGGGAGAGUGAAGAAUCCUUACAACAGCAGAAAGUGAAAGGUCUAAAAAAAUUAGAGAACUUCAAGAAGAAAGAGGAUGAAAUCAAGCAAUGGUUAGGAAAAGUCUCUCCUGAAGAUGUGGAAUAUUUCAACUGCCAACAAGAGCUGGCCUCAGAGUUGAACAAACAGUAUCAGAUAGUCGAAAGAAUAAUCGCCGUGAAGACAAGCAAAUCUACAUUGGGUCAGUCAGAUUUUCCAGCUCACAGUCGGAAGCCGGCACCUUCAAAUGAACCUGAAUAUCUAUGCAAAUGGAUGGGACUGCCCUAUUCAGAGUGCAGCUGGGAAGAUGAAGCCUUGAUUGGAAAGAAGUUCCAGAGCUGUAUUGACAGCUUCCAUAGUCGGAACAACUCAAAAACCAUCCCGACGAGAGAAUGCAAGGCCUUGAAGCAGAGACCACGAUUUGUGGCUUUAAAGAAACAGCCAGCAUAUUUAGGAGGGGAGAAUCUGGAGCUUCGUGAUUAUCAGCUAGAAGGUCUCAACUGGCUUGCUCAUUCCUGGUGCAAAAGUAACAGUGUAAUCCUUGCUGAUGAAAUGGGCCUAGGAAAGACCAUCCAGACCAUAUCAUUCCUCUCCUACCUGUUCCACCAACACCAGCUGUAUGGCCCCUUUCUUAUAGUCGUCCCUUUAUCCACCCUCACCUCAUGGCAGAGGGAGUUUGAAAUCUGGGCACCAGAGAUUAACGUAGUGGUUUACAUAGGUGACCUGAUGAGCAGAAAUACGAUACGGGAAUAUGAAUGGAUUCAUUCUCAGACUAAAAGGCUGAAGUUCAAUGCACUUAUAACAACAUAUGAGAUUCUCUUAAAAGAUAAGACUGUGCUGGGCAGUAUUAACUGGGCCUUUCUGGGAGUGGAUGAAGCCCAUCGGUUGAAGAAUGAUGACUCUUUAUUGUAUAAAACUCUGAUUGAUUUCAAGUCCCACCAUAGGCUCCUGAUUACGGGGACCCCUCUGCAGAAUUCCCUCAAAGAGCUCUGGUCCUUGCUGCACUUUAUUAUGCCGGAGAAGUUUGAAUUCUGGGAAGAUUUUGAAGAGGACCAUGGGAAAGGAAGGGAAAACGGGUAUCAGAGUCUCCAUAAGGUGUUGGAACCCUUCCUUCUCCGUAGGGUCAAAAAGGAUGUAGAAAAAUCCCUUCCUGCCAAAGUGGAACAGAUCCUCAGGGUGGAGAUGUCUGCUCUGCAGAAGCAGUAUUACAAAUGGAUUCUGACCAGGAAUUACAAGGCUCUUGCCAAGGGAACACGAGGCAGCACGUCUGGUUUCCUGAACAUUGUGAUGGAAUUGAAAAAAUGCUGCAACCAUUGCUACCUGAUCAAACCCCCAGAAGACAGCGAGCGAGAGAAUGGGCAGGAGGUUCUUCUGUCCCUGAUCAGGAGCAGUGGGAAGCUGAUUCUAUUAGAUAAACUGUUGACAAGACUUCGAGAAAGGGGGAAUAGAGUCCUUAUCUUCUCCCAGAUGGUCCGAAUGUUGGACAUCCUGGCUGAGUACCUGACUAUCAAGCACUAUCCUUUCCAGCGUCUGGAUGGUUCCAUCAAGGGAGAAAUCCGAAAACAGGCCCUGGACCACUUCAAUGCAGAUGGGUCUGAGGACUUCUGUUUCCUGCUCUCGACAAGGGCUGGUGGCCUGGGAAUCAAUCUGGCUUCGGCAGACACGGUCGUCAUCUUUGACUCUGACUGGAACCCCCAGAACGACUUGCAGGCACAAGCCCGAGCCCACAGAAUUGGUCAGAAGAAGCAGGUAAAUAUUUACCGGUUGGUUACAAAGGGGACUGUGGAGGAGGAGAUCAUUGAACGGGCCAAAAAGAAGAUGGUAUUGGACCAUCUGGUGAUUCAGCGCAUGGAUACCACUGGCCGGACAGUUCUAGAAAACAACUCAGGAAGGUCCAACUCAAAUCCUUUUAAUAAAGAAGAGCUGACAGCUAUUUUGAAAUUUGGAGCAGAGGAUCUCUUCAAAGAACUUGAAGGGGAGGAGUCAGAGCCUCAGGAAAUGGACAUAGAUGAAAUUUUACGCUUGGCUGAAACUAGAGAGAAUGAAGUGUCAACAAGUGCGACAGAUGAGCUUCUGUCACAGUUUAAGGUUGCCAACUUUGCAACAAUGGAAGAUGAAGAAGAGCUAGAAGAGCGGCCUCACAAGGACUGGGAUGAGAUCAUUCCAGAGGAGCAAAGAAAAAAAGUAGAGGAGGAAGAGCGUCAGAAGGAGCUAGAAGAAAUUUAUAUGUUGCCUCGAAUUCGGAGUUCCACUAAAAAGGCUCAGACAAAUGACAGUGACUCUGACACUGAGUCCAAGAGGCAAGCCCAGAGAUCCUCUGCCUCUGAGAGUGAGACCGAUGACUCCGAUGAUGACAAGAAGCCAAAGCGCAGGGGGCGCCCCCGAAGUGUGCGGAAGGACCUUGUCGAGGGAUUUACCGAUGCAGAGAUCCGAAGGUUCAUCAAGGCAUAUAAGAAGUUUGGUCUCCCUCUUGAACGGCUGGAGUGCAUAGCCCGCGAUGCAGAGCUGGUAGAUAAGUCCGUAGCGGAUCUGAAACGCCUGGGUGAGCUGAUUCACAACAGCUGUGUAUCAGCAAUGCAGGAAUAUGAAGAACAGCUGAAAGAAAAUGCCAGCGAGGGGAAAGGACCAGGGAAAAAGAGAGGCCCAACAAUCAAAAUAUCUGGGGUUCAGGUUAAUGUGAAAUCCAUUAUACAACAUGAGGAAGAGUUUGAGAUGCUGCAUAAAUCUAUCCCUGUGGACCCUGAAGAAAAAAAAAAAUACUGCUUAACCUGCCGAGUGAAAGCUGCACAUUUUGAUGUCGAGUGGGGGGUAGAGGAUGAUUCGCGUUUACUCCUGGGAAUUUAUGAGCAUGGCUAUGGAAACUGGGAGUUAAUUAAAACGGAUCCAGAGCUUAAGUUAACUGACAAAAUUCUGCCCGUGGAGUCGGAUAAAAAGCCGCAGGGGAAGCAGCUGCAGACCCGGGCGGACUACUUGCUGAAGCUGCUCAGGAAGAGUCUGGAGAAGAAGGGGGCUGUGACGGGCGGGGAAGAGGCCAAAUUAAAGAAGCGGAAGCCUCGAGUAAAGAAGGAAAACAAAGAGCCCAGGCUGAAAGAUGAGCAUGGGAUUGAGUUUUCAUCACCUAGACACUCAGACAAUCCAUCGGAAGAGGGAGAAGUAAAGGAUGAUGGCUUAGAAAAAAGUCCAAUGAAAAAGAAACAGAAGAAGAAAGAGAACAAGGAGAACAAGGAGAAACAAAUGAGUUCUAGGAAAGACAAAGAAGGGGACAAGGAGAGGAAGAAGUCAAAAGAUAAGAAAGAGAAGCCUAAAGGUGGUGAUGCCAAAUCUUCAAGUAAAUCAAAGCGAUCUCAGGGUCCUGUCCAUAUUACAGCAGGAAGUGAGCCUGUCCCCAUUGGAGAGGAUGAGGAUGAUGAUCUGGACCAGGAGACAUUCAGCAUAUGCAAAGAGAGGAUGAGGCCCGUGAAAAAGGCACUGAAACAGCUGGACAAACCCGACAAGGGGCUCAAUGUGCAGGAACAGCUGGAGCAUACCCGAAAUUGCCUGCUGAAAAUCGGAGACCGGAUAGCCGAGUGCCUUAAAGCCUACUCAGACCAGGAGCACAUCAAACUGUGGAGGAGGAACCUAUGGAUUUUUGUUUCCAAGUUUACAGAAUUUGAUGCUCGAAAAUUGCAUAAGUUGUACAAGAUGGCUCAUAAGAAAAGAUCUCAAGAAGAGGAGGAGCAAAAGAAGAAAGAUGAUGUGAUUGGUGGUAAGAAGCCAUUUCGACCAGAGGCCUCAGGCUCCAGCCGGGACUCCCUGAUAUCUCAGUCCCACACCCCACACAACCUUCACCCUCAGAAGCCUCACUUGCCUGCCUCCCAUGGCCCACAGAUGCAUGGACACCCAAGAGAUAACUAUAAUCACCCCAACAAGAGACACUUUAGUAAUGCAGAUCGAGGAGACUGGCAGAGGGAAAGAAAGUUCAACUAUGGUGGUGGCAACAGCAAUCCUCCGUGGGGUAGUGACCGGCACCACCAGUAUGAGCAGCACUGGUACAAGGACCACCAUUAUGGGGACCGGCGACACAUGGACGCCCACCGCUCUGGGAGCUACAGACCCAACAAUCUGUCCAGAAAAAGACCUUAUGACCAGUACAGUAGCGACCGAGACCACAGGGGACACAGAGAUUAUUAUGACAGGCACCAUCAUGACUCCAAGCGGAGGAGAGCCGAUGAAUUUCGGCCUCAAAAUUACCACCAGCAGGAUUUCCGACGAAUGUCUGAUCACCGCCCCCCUGUGGGCUACCAUGGCCAGGGACCCUCGGACCAUUACCGCUCUUUCCACACAGACAAACUGGGGGAGUAUAAACAACCCCUGCCCCCCCUGCACCCCGCCGUCUCAGACCCUCGCUCGCCCCCUUCUCAGAAAUCCCCCCACGAUUCCAAGUCACCCCUGGAUCACAGGUCUCCUUUGGAGAGAUCACUAGAACAGAAAAACAACCCAGAUUAUAACUGGAAUGUUCGGAAAACAUAAAGGACAGCUGGGAAUGAAGGGAGAGCAAGAGUCAUUAAGCACCUGGAUAUUUUUGGUCUGAUCCAGUAGGAGCCAGUUAUCUAGACCAGUGAGUGGAGUUUCUGGACAUGCUGCUGCUGUCAGCUCGCCGGUGGAAGGAGCACCUCAAGGAGCGGGGGCCUUUCACUUGGUCCAGCUUGGGUUUGGGUCGCCACUCCUGCACUUUGACACCCCCUCCCAUUCCAGCCUGGUCCUGGCCUCCCACUGCGAGGAGUGCUAGGAGGAAGACGUGACUUUUGCGUCCCAGCUUCGUGGGCUGUGUUUCCCCAGUGAAGGAAGAAGGGAUCUCAGAGUCACGAGGAUUUUGUUGCUGGGUCCGUGUGCUCUGGGCCCAUGUGCAGUGGGCUGGGAAGGAGCGUGUGUGUGAAGGUUGACGGGACCUGCUGGGCCGCGCGUGAUCUGCUUCACUGUGAUGUGACGGAUGCUGCUGACGGGGCGGGGCGUGGGUGUCGCCUCGUAAGACUUGAAGGGGAGCAGGUACACUCCUCACAUGUGUUCUUGGGAGAACCAUACACUUGGGCCUCCUUGUGAUGCCUUUGGUGCAGGGGCUGGUGGGGAGCAGCUUCCACAGUGGCCCCUUCCCUACAACACUAACCUUUCCCACACUAUCUGGACAUUUGAGAGGUUCGGUCUUCUGAGUGGGUCUCCUUUGCCCUGGUCCAGGGGAGAGUCGGGCCCAUCUGGCUGACUUGUGCGUACUGUGAGUUUUCGGCAGCGUUGGAGCUGGCGUGGGUCUUCCUUGGCUGGGAGUGGGGUGAGAGAGGGGCUAGAGGGGCGGUGUGGCCAGGGACCCGGAAUCCCCGGUGGGGUUCUGAUUCCUGGGAUGAGCAGUCUGAGGGCAGGGCCUGGAGAGGAGGGGAAGCUUGCUGCAAGCGCGAACCCAGGCAGGGGUGUGGGUGGCAGGCAUGCUUCCCGGGGGAGGGGGGGGGGGGGGGCUUCAGUGUUGCGCCAGGUCAGCGUUUGCAGCCACGCUCGUUACUUCAGUUCCCUUCUCACAGCUUGAAGAAGUAGACUGCACAGAACAUGCAACUCCUGACCCACAGGGCGGGUGGACAGAUGAAGUCUGGGUCCCUGUUGGGAACAGGCUCCCACUCCCAGUCGGAGAUCGUUAGAAUUGAACUCCAUUGUUUUUAGAAUGAGAUCAAAUAAGGCGUACACCUAAGGUAAAGUUUUUCCAAAAUAGGAAGCCUCCAAGGACAGGGGACUGAGCUGCAGACAGUAAGAGUCCUACUCGGGUUGAACAGAGUCAGAAGUGGGAAGGCGAGUCAGUUGUACCAUUAAUCAGGCUCCUUUCAUUUUACAUUUUACGGAUACUGGGCCUUCCAUUUUAUUCCCUUUAAAUAUAGCUUGCCAGUAUUGUUUGACUGUCCAAAGGCCUUUCUAGGUGGAAUAACUGACUUGAACCUACACUGUGCCUAUAUGCGUCCAGGCUCAGAGCUGGUGACCACCUUUCCAUUGGGUGUGCACAGGGUUAAACUCCCUGAACUGACCUGUGAGGACUUCAUAAAACUGUUAUCACUUACUUGCUGGUAACCUGGGCAGCACCAUUAUUGCCUUUACUGAGAAAUUCCCAAGUCAGCUCGCCCUAGGGAAGCAGAUGUGGCUUUGGUGGGUCAUCGCACGCAGCCUCGUGGGGCUGGCCGGGCGUGAGUUCCACAUGAGAGUCUGGGUCCUCACAGCUUAUGUUGGGAGCUUAGUAGGUCUGCCCCUUCCUUAUUUAUCUCCUCUCGGGACUGGGAUUGUUCACCGUGGGCUCGUAUCCGGUGAACAUGCCCUGGACCACGGCCCAAAGAAUGCCUGGGAGCCUCUGGCCACAGCCACUCCACUGGGCACAUGCUGUGACUGCUUGGGAGAGAAGAGGGUGUCUGCUGUGGCCUCCACCAGCUUAACUUCUUGCUGACACUACCCUGUGUCUUUCUUGCCCAGGCCAAAGAGGAGGGCUAGGUUGGCUUGUCCCUUCCUGUGGUGGGAGGAAGGGAGGGAGGGAUGAGCCCCAGGAUGUCUUCCCCUGUGGGAGGGAAGUCAGGCUGUGUCCCCUGGGAAGCCAGGAAAGUCACUGGAGGCCCUGUGUUUCAAUACUCAUCAGGGUUUUUUUUUCCUCUGAAGUUGAUAGGAGAUGUGAGUUAUUCCCAAAGAUGUCUCAUCAUGAAGAAAAAGGAACUUCCUUUUGUUUACAUUCAGGACUUACUGUGCCAUAUGAUGUAGCAAAAGGCAAUAUUAGCCAGAUCAGUGUUAAAUUGAUUAUAAAAUUACAGUAUCCCCAUAAAAGCAUCUAUUGUAGGUAUUGAGGUAUGUUUAAAGAGUCAGGAAAAAGGAGGCAUUUCCUCACUGACCUAAAUCAGUAUGAAUAUUGUAUGCUUUUAUCAAAAACAGAUUUGCACAGAUAGGAAUUCUCUCCCUUGUGGAUAGGAUAAAGUACCCCAGGAACCUGUGAGGGUGAUAUCACAGAGCCUAGCUUUGAAAGAUUCAGUAAUUGGGUGGAGACUGCAGGGGUGGAGGAAGAGGGGAGUUGGCAUCACCUGAAGUCUGAGUGUGGAACAAGGGUUAGCAUGGUAUCCCACAGCCCUGGGAAGGGGUGCGGUGAGAGCCCCAGGCAUCACUGCGGUCUUUCGGAGAUGCUGGAGAGAAGCCGCCAGGCCCUCUGCAGAGCCCCAUCUUACGGCCCCUGGUCCCCCUCUCUCCUAGUCCUUGCGUUGGCCCUGUCAUGGGAAGCCAGAACACUUCUCGCAUCGUGCUGCAGGCACUCUAGCCUGAUGGCUGAGAGCUAUAUCAGGAUGUGUGGUGCACACGCGAUUCGGUUACGAAUUCACAUGGGGACACUGGAAUCCUACAGACCAAAAUCCACUCGUCAGCAGGAAUGGUGGCCCGGGGCCCAGCACUGGUGGUCUUCCGGGCUCGUCUGAGGGCCGCAGUGUCAGGCGGAGAGAGCCAGGCCAAGGGUCCAGGCUGCUUUAGUCCAUCUGACCCCACUCGUUGGGGGACAGAUGGUUUUUCUUUAUUGUAAAAUUGUGGACUUUUCAAACCUGUUGACUAAACAGUAAUUAAUUUAUAUUUGUGAAAAAUGCCACUGUCCUAGUGAUUUCUGAUGUAAAUAAUGUUGUUUAUAUAGUAUGUAUUAAAUUUUCCUACAUUGUAUAACUGCUGUACUUUUGAUUCUUGUAUAUUAAACAGUGUUACUAAGGAUUUUUA